CACUGCUGUCAUUAUGUGUUGACCAAGUAGCGCAAUCAGACACGUUUCGAAUUUACGCCAACGUCUUAUCAAUUGGUGGCUAAACAAGCGGGUUUAGAAUUUAAGACAAGUAGCGUCAUAACGAGUGGUCUGUAAUAGCAGUUCAGAACAGAAAAAAUGGUCCUCGAUUUAGAUCUGUUCCGCGCCGACAAGGGUCAUGAUCCGGCCAAAGUUCGAGCGAACCAGGAGCGUCGCUUUAAGGACGUUGCCUUGGUGGAAACGGUGAUCGAACAGGAUGGGGAGUGGCGCAAGCUUCGGUUCAAUGCGGAUAAUUUCAAUAAGUUGAAAAAUCUCUGCAGCAAAGAGAUUGGUGAGAAAAUGAAGAAAAAAGAGCCGCAAGGAGCUGAGGACGAACCGGUGCCGGAAGCCGUCGGAAACGAUUUGUUGUCAUUGAAGAGCGAGGAUCUGAAAAAACUGACCAUCAAUCAGAUUAAAAAUGUGCGUGGGUUAAUCGACAAAGCUGUAAUAGAUAAUGAGAAUAUGCUUUGCGAGGCAGAAACGAAAAGGAACAUGGCACUGAGAGAAGUGGGCAAUCAUCUGCACGAAAGUGUGCCCGUCAGCAACGAUGAGGACGAAAAUAAGGUCGAGAGAACGUACGGUGAUUGUGAGAAGAGGUUGAAAUAUUCGCAUGUUGAUCUGAUCGUCAUGAUUGACGGAAUGAACGGAGAGAAAGGUGCUGUAGUUUCAGGCGGAAGGGGAUAUUUUUUAACGGGUCCUGCUGUAUUCUUGGAACAAGCUCUGAUUCAGCAUGCUUUGCAUACCUUAUACGCAAAGGACUAUACACCGCUUUAUACUCCAUUUUUUAUGCGUAAGGAAGUUAUGCAGGAGGUAGCCCAGCUUUCGCAGUUCGACGAGGAACUUUAUAAAGUCGUCGGAAAAGGUAGUGAGAAGGUGGAAGAAGGAAGUGCUGAUGAGAAGUAUCUGAUCGCAACAUCUGAGCAACCUAUCGCUGCCUAUCACCGAGACGAGUGGAUCCCAGAAGCCUCGUUGCCAAUAAAAUAUGCUGGAUUGUCAACCUGUUUCCGGCAGGAGGUCGGUUCCCAUGGCCGCGAUACUCGUGGUAUCUUCCGAGUGCAUCAGUUCGAGAAGGUUGAACAGUUUGUGCUAACUUCCCCACAUGACAAUAAAUCUUGGGAGAUGAUGGACGAAAUGAUCGGUAACGCGGAGCAGUUUUGCCAGUCGCUGGGCAUACCGUAUCGCAUCGUGAAUAUCGUGUCCGGAGCACUGAAUCAUGCUGCCUCAAAAAAGCUCGAUUUGGAAGCUUGGUUCUCUGGUUCCGGUGCAUAUAGGGAGCUGGUUUCCUGCAGCAACUGUCUGGAUUAUCAAGCGAGGAGGCUACUGGUUCGCUACGGACAGACCAAGAAAAUGAACGCCUCGGUCGAUUACGUGCAUAUGCUGAACGCAACGAUGUGCGCAACUACGCGGGUGAUUUGCGCAAUACUCGAAACGCAUCAAACCGAAACGGGUGUCAAGGUUCCGGAACCAUUGAAGAAGUAUAUGCCGGAAAAGUACCGCGAAGAGAUUCCUUUCGUGAAGCCAGCACCCAUCGAGGUAGAAGUUGCCGCCCAAGUUAAAAAGGAUAAGAAAGGCAAAAAGGAAGGUCCGGCUGCAUAAGCUCCUAAAGAUGAGGAAAGCGUUACCAAUGUUGGAUGAGAGAAUCUUUAUCCUAUGUGCAUUUAUACGGUAGAAAAUGAAAUUUCAGCAGCUUGCUAUAAUUCAGAAUUAUUGCAGAUCUAAGAAUUAGUAAAGUAUGCAGAACAAAAUUGAUUGAUUAAAUACCCUUUCUAGGGGAGGACUUGGUGGUAAUCACCUAACGCGUUUUUUGGUCUACCGGAUAUGCGAGUAGUAAUUGGUAUGCUGAUAUCUGGACAACUUAUUUUAUGAAGCGUGAUUUAAGUUUAGUUCCUUCAUGUAUUUUCCACCCUUUAAAUUAUUUAAAUUUGUUCUUCAAAUUCGAAUAAAAUCAAGCUUGAAGCAUUAAA